AUGUCUUUCGACACACCCACACCUCCCUUCAGCGCUUCGGACCCUCAUGCCCGCUUCCUAAACGCAUCAUGUCUAGAUCUUUUAUUAAUCGAGCUUGUGCCUAUGGCGGAACGAAUAGUCCAAGAUCUCGAGACCGGAGAGAAGGAUUCCCUACUCAGAUCGGGUGAAACCAACGACAUUAAAGAUAAGGAAAGAGAGAAAGAAAAGGAGAAAGAUAGCAAAUCGUCCGUGGCCGUUAUGGAUGACGAAGAAUAUCGAGAAGCUAUAUAUUUUAGACUUGAGUCAUUGGGGUUUUCCCGUGAUAGGCCUCGGUUUGCUGAUAAUCUCGAUGUGAUUAAGUUUUUAUGUAAAGAUCUUUGGACAAUCCUCUUCAGAAAGCAGGUGGAUAACUUGAAAACGAACCACCGGUAUCUUUGGUUCCCUUGUGGUAUAAUACGGGGUGCUCUCGCAAGCGUGGGUAUCGAGGCCACGGUCCAGGCGGAAAGCUCAGAUCUCCCGUUGGCAACAUUCCAGAUCAAAACGACUAAUAGUACUGUCACCAGCUCCGGUGGCGGCGUUGCUAUACCGGCGGCCGCUUAA